AUGGUGCAAUCUAUGGAAUAUUUUUCAUAUUUACAAAAUUAUUUAUUUGAAAAUAAUCCAUCAAGUAAUUCUUCGUGUCCAACUUCACCUGUUAAAUGGUGUUUUAAUGAUAUUGAUGAAUAUAAAUUUUGCAUUCGAAAUCCUACACUUAUUCCAUUAUAUAUUUUGGCUUUAUCAAUUGGUCUUUAUUGUUCUAAAAAAAUUUCUAAGUUACCUGGAAAAUUUCCAACACGAUGGCUUUAUCAAUUAACAUUUUUUCUAUAUGGUAUGAUGAUGACAUCAGCUGGUAUAUUACAUUGUUUUUUGGGUGAUCCACAAAAAUUAUCACAUACUCUUCAAAAUAACGAUACCGAUUCAAUUCUACUUAUACAAUUACUUUUUGUGAUUAUUGAUGUUGGUUUAACAACAAGUAUUGCAGUUAGUUUUCUCUUUUGUGGUUUAUGUGAUAUUAAUUUUUUAAAUCCAAAAUCAAAUUGUACACGUUUUCUACUCAUGAGUUCAUAUUUCACUGUUUUCGUUUUAUGGACUCUAGGAAUAUUCAAGCAAUGGCCUUGGAUAGGUAAUGUUCUUUAUACUGGAGUUAUAUCAGUUUGUUGUUUUAUUUAUUUACUUACCCAAUUAUGUAUUAAACAAAAUCGUCGUGCUUUACCUGCUCUUGUUGUUGGUGGAAUCUAUGGAGCUGUUGGUUUACUUCUUGCAUCAUUUGGUGCUGAGCGUGUUUGUAAAUCCGAAGGUCCAUUUUGGUCACAAUAUUUUGGACCAGAAUUUCUUUGGUGUCUAUUUUCGGACAUUAGUGUGGCAUUUAUAUUUCUAUAUGUUAUACGAGCUAAUCGAGAAAAAGAAGUUAUUAUCAAGAAAUAUCCUGUUGAUAUCGAAAAAAAUCCUGAAAAAUUUUAA